UUGCAGGUUAUCAGUUUCCAUGAGACUUUGGGGCUAUGUCUGGAACAUCAGGGGCCAGCAAACUAAGGAUUUUCUAAAGGUCAUCUUUCAAAUUGAGGAGAAACAUUCAAAGUCUGGCCUUUGGGACAUUGACCUACAAGCAAAUAGAUAAUACUCUCAAGCUUGAAUUCUGUUCAGAGCUUUAGUACAAUGAAAACUCAAGCUGGAAAAGACUGUGAAGCUCUUUGACUUUCCACAGUGGAGUCCACUGUUUCUUCUGGCCGCAUCAAGUUCAUAUUCAUAAGGUUGUUGACGGCAGAUUGCAACUAUCAUGUCUGACUCCGUAAUUCUCCGCAGUGUGAAGAAGUUUGGAGAGGAGAAUCAUGCUUUCGAGUCAGACGAAUCAUAUAACAAUGAUAAGAAAUCAGGGUUACAAGAAAAGAAAGGUGAAGGCACCAAAGUUGGCUUCUUUCAACUGUUUCGAUUUUCUUCAUCAACUGACAUUUGGCUGAUAUUGGUGGGAAGUUUAUGUGCAUUUCUCCAUGGACUAGCCCAGCCGGGCAUGGUUUUUAUGUUUGGUGAGAUGACAGAUGUUUUUAUUGACUAUGACAUUGAAAUACAAGAACUCAAGAUUCCAGGAAAAGCAUGUGUGAAUAACACCAUAGUAUGGAUCAACAGUUCCCUCAACCAGAGUGUGACAAAUGGAACACGUUGUGGGUUGCUGGACAUUGAAAAUGAAAUGAUUUUUUUUGCCAGUUUCUAUGCCAUUACUGGUGCCGCAGUACUUCUCUUAGGCUAUAUUCAGGUGUGCUUUUGGGUCAUUGCUGGAGCCCAUCAGAUACAGAAAAUGAGAAAAUUUUACUUUAGGAGAAUAAUGAGAAUGGAAAUCGGGUGGUUUGACUGCCAUGCCGUGGGCGAGUUGAAUACAAGAUUCUCUGAUGAUAUUAAUAAAAUCAAUGAAGCCAUUGGUGACCAAAUGGCCACAUUCAUUCAGCGCAUGACCUCAGCCAUCUGUGGGUUCCUAUUGGGAUUUUUAAGGGGUUGGAAACUGACCUUCGUUAUUAUUUCUGUCAGCCCUCUCAUUGGGAUUGGAGCAGGCAUCAUUGCUUUGAGUGUGGCCAAGUUUACAGACCUUGAGUUGAAGGCUUAUGCCAAAGCAGGGUCAGUGGCUGAUGAAGUAAUUUCCUCUGUGCGAACUGUGGCUGCUUUUGGUGGUGAGGAAAAAGAGAUCGAAAGAUAUGAGAAAAAUCUUGUGUUUGCCCAGCGCUGGGGAAUUAGAAAAGGGAUAGUGAUGGGAUUCUUCACUGGAUACAUGUGGUGUCUCAUCUUUUUUUGUUAUGCGCUGGCCUUCUGGUACGGCUCCAAACUCAUCCUGGAUGAAGGAGAAUACACACCAGGAACUCUUGUCCAGAUUUUCUUCAGUGUCUUAACAGGAGCUUUGAAUCUUGGCAAUGCAUCUUCUUGUUUGGAAGCCUUUGCUGCUGGGCGUGCAGCAGCCGUCAGUAUUUUUGAGACAAUAGACAGGAAACCCAUCAUCGACAGCAUGUCAGAAGACGGUUACAAGCUGGAUAGAGUCAAGGGUGAAAUUGAAUUCCAUAAUGUGACCUUUCACUAUCCCUCCAGACCAAAGGUGAAGAGUUUAAGUAACCUCAGCAUGGUCAUUAAACCAGGGGAAAUGACAGCUCUAGUAGGAUCUAGUGGAAGUGGGAAAAGUACGGCACUGCAGCUUAUUCAGAGAUUCUACGACCCCUGUGAAGGCAUGGUGACUCUGGAUGGCCAUGACAUUCGCUCUCUUAACAUCCAAUGGCUGAGAGAUCAGAUUGGGGUAGUGGAACAAGAGCCAGUUCUGUUCUCCACCACUAUUGCAGAAAAUAUUCGCUAUGGCAGGAAAGAGGCGACAAUGGAAGACGUAAUCCGAGCUGCCAAGGAGGCCAACGCCUACAAUUUCAUCAUGACCCUGCCACAGCAAUUUGACACCCUUGUGGGAGAAGGAGGAGGCCAGAUGAGUGGUGGCCAGAAACAAAGGAUAGCCAUUGCCAGAGCCCUUAUCCGAAACCCCAAGAUCCUCCUUUUGGACAUGGCUACCUCAGCCUUGGACAACGAGAGUGAGGCUGUGGUACAAAAAUCACUGAAUAAGAUCCAACACAAGCAAACAACUGUGUCAGUGGCCCAUCGUCUAUCCACCAUCAGAUUUGCAGACGUCAUCAUUGGUUUUGAAUGUGGUACAGUUGUGGAAAGAGGCACCCAUGAAGAACUGUUAGAAAGGAAAGGCGUUUACUUCACUCUAGCGACUCUGCAAUAUCAAGGAAAUCAAGACCUUCAGGAAAAGGAUGCGAAGGGAAAAGAUGGAACUGAAGGUGAAAUGCUUGAGAAGAGCUUUAGCAGAGGGAGCUACCGGGAUAGUUUAAGAGCUUCUCUCCGGCAACGUUCCAAGUCUCAGGUUUCUCAUCUGGUACACGAACCUACAUUAGCUGUUGUACAUCAUAAAUCGACUUACGAAGAUGAACAGAACAAGAGCAUUCUUAUGGAAGAAGAAGUUACGCCCGCCCCGGUUAGAAGGAUCAUGAAAUUCAAUGCUCCAGAAUGGCCCUAUAUGCUGGCAGGGUCCCUGGGUGCAGCUGUAAAUGGGGCAAUCACGCCCCUCUAUGCCCUUUUAUUCAGCCAGGUUGUUGGGAAUUUUUCAAUUCCUGAUAAAGAGCAACAAAGGUCAAACAUUGAUGGGAUAUGCCUACUUUUUGUAGGACUAGGCUGUAUAUCUGUUUUCACCCAAUUUCUGCAGGGAUACACCUUUGCUAAAUCUGGAGAGCUCCUCACAAAAAGGCUACGUAAAUUUGGUUUCAAGGCAAUGUUAGGGCAAGACAUUGGCUGGUUUGAUGAUCUCAGAAAUAGUCCUGGAACACUGGCAACAAGACUUGCUACAGAUGCUUCCCAAGUUCAAGGGGCUGCUGGCUCUCAAAUUGGGAUGAUGGUCAAUUCCAUCACCAAUCUCACUGUGGCCAUAAUUGUUGCCUUCCUCAGUAGCUGGAAGCUCAGCCUGGUCAUAUUGAGCUUCUUCCCCUUCUUGGCUUUAUCAGGAGCCCUACAGACCAGAAUGUUGACAGGAUUUGCCUCUCAAGACAAGAAGGCUCUGGAGAGGGCAGGACAGAUUACCAGCGAAGCCCUCAAUAACAUCCGCACUAUUGCUGGAAUUGGCAUGCAAAAGCAUUUCAUAGAAGCAUUUGAAGCUGAGCUGAUGAAACCCUUCAAGACAGCCGUUAAAAAAGCGAAUAUCUAUGGAUUUUGUUAUGCCUUUUCCCAAAGCAUAGCAUUUAUUGCAAAUUCUGCUUCCUACAGAUUUGGAGGUUACUUAAUCUCCAACGAAGAACUGCAUUUCCGCUUUGUGUUCAGGGUGAUUUCUGCAGUUGUACUGAGUGCGACAGCUAUUGGAAGAACAUUCUCCUAUACCCCAAGUUAUGCCAAAGCUAAAAUAUCAGCUGCACGCUUUUUUCAGCUGCUGGACCGCCGGCCCCCAAUUAGUACAUACAGUACUGCAGGUGAAAAAUGGGACAAUUUCCAAGGAAAAAUUGACUUUGUUGACUGUAAGUUUACCUAUCCUUCUCGACCUGACAAGCAAGUUCUGAAUGGUCUCUCAGUGUCGGUUAAUCCAGGGCAGACACUGGCAUUUGUUGGAAGCAGUGGAUGUGGCAAAAGCACCAGCAUUCAGCUGUUGGAACGUUUCUAUGAUCCUGAUCAAGGGAAGGUGAUGAUAGAUGGGCGUGACAGCAGAAAAGUGAACAUCCAGUUCCUCCGCUCACACAUUGGCAUCGUUUCCCAGGAACCAGUGUUGUUUGCCUGUAGCAUAAAGGACAACAUCAAGUAUGGGGACAACACCAGAGAUAUUUCCAUGGAAAAAGUCAUAGCAGCUGCCAAGCAGGCUCAGCUACACGACUUUGUCAUGUCACUCCCUGAGAAAUAUGAAACUAAUGUUGGGACCCAGGGAUCUCAACUCUCUCGAGGGGAGAAACAACGCAUUGCUAUUGCUCGGGCCAUCCUACGAGAUCCUAAAAUUUUGCUCCUAGAUGAAGCCACUUCGGCCCUAGACACAGAAAGUGAAAAGACAGUUCAGGUUGCUCUGGACAAAGCCAGAGAGGGUCGGACAUGCAUUGUCAUUGCCCAUCGCUUGUCCACCAUCCAGAAUUCGGAUAUCAUCGCUGUCAUGUCACAAGGGGUGGUGAUUGAAAAGGGGACCCAUGAAGAACUGAUGGCCCAGAAGGGAGCCUACUACAAGCUAGUCACUACUGGAGCCCCCAUCAGUUGACCUGACUCAAGAAUGUAAUACUUAGAGCUGGGGACAUCGUCCCAUGGUAGAGCACUUGCCCAACGUGCUUGUGCUCAAGGCCCUGGGUUCAAUCCCCAGCACAUGGGGGAAAGAAAAGAGAAAUGUUAAUAUUUUAUUCUUACAGACAUAACCAUACGCUGAGAUCAAGACUAAUUUCUAAUGACCUUCAAUAGUAAUUCAGUUUAGAUGUCCGUAUAGAAACUGGAGUCAAUGUGAGUGAAACUCCAAGGUCAAGCAGCUGUUUAGCCACCACACAGUGCUUCUCUGCAGAAGCCAGUUACAAUCACUACAUGGGAGUUGUGAGAGGCUGUGGAGUGACUGAGACUUUGAACUCCUCGAGGCAGGAGGACUGCCAUUUGUGAUUUUGAACCCUUGGUGUAUAUAAAGCUUCCUCUAUAAUAGGCACUUAAUAAGCUGAACUAAGAAAAAAUGUGAAAAGAGCAAAAGGAUCAAAGAUCAAUUGUGUUUCUCAGCUAAUAGUUUCUUGCACACGAAGCAGAUACAUUCAUCCCUAAGACUGAGGAUAGGGAAAGGAAGACUUUUGCAUCCUGGAGGCUCUCAAGCUGAGGGAUGUGGCAGGGGCAAGGAUUAGCAGGGGUUUACCAGUUUGCCAGUGUUGAUUGAGGUUGUGGACCCCAGGGUGAAGUACGUAGGAGCUGUUGGACUACUUGCUGGGCUUGAAUGCUGAGAGACAUAACUUCCUGUUUACUAGACUAAAUCUGCUGGUGUGGUUGGGUAGAGGUGUGUAAGUGUGUGUGGGGGGUGUAUUCCAAGCCUUAUACUUCUCAUCAUCCCCCUCCAUAUUGGUUGCUUUCUUUAUUCCAUAAGUCAGAUUCAUGAAAUAAAAAUAGUGCCUUUUACCUUGCUUUAGCUUCUUAAGAUGUAACAUUUAAAUAGCCAGUUAAAUAUGGCAGAAAAACUCUCGAUUCUUCCCUGCUUUUUCAGAAUACCACUAAAUGAUAUUAAAAGAAUUAAGAAAGCAUAAAACCACAAGAACACAGAAAGCAACAUGAAGCUGAAAACAAAAUUUUGAGAUCCAGGAAGCAAAUAAACAACAGAUAAUGGGUUUAGAAGAUGAGAGAAAAAAAAAACGGUCCUCUACUGGUUGGGGGAAGGGAAGAUUGUGAACAUUCCAUUUGGUACUACCGGCCCCUAGCAAGGCUCAGGAUAAGCCAUAGGGUCCUUCAAGGAGUGGAAGGAGAGGAACCCAUGGGGCUGAAGACAAGAAUGGGCUGAGACUGUGUAGCAACAGAGGUGCUGAGCCUCUCCUGCCCUUCCCUGAUCCCAGCAGGACACCUGGGCACUCACAGACAGGCUUGGCAUAGGGAGACAGGUUGCAGUUGAGGGGCGAUGAACACAUAGGAGGCAGAGGAUUGAGUGUAAGGGUGUGUAUGGGCAGAGGGACCCCUAGCUACGGUCCUCUGGCAGAUGACUGAAGAAUGAAUCUCUGCAGAAACUGGUCAAUGCAAGAAAAGAGAUCUAUGGGUCCGCUAAUCUUUCAAAGGAUAUUUGAGAGUCUUCAGAGUCUUUCAAAGAAUAUUUCCUAGCCAGAUUACCUGACUGUGAAGUACCUGACUGUGAAGUCCCUUUGCCCACAAUAUGUACACACUCAGAGAUACCCUGGCUUUUCAGUGCCUACCUUUUGCAUAAGCAGAGACUGCCAAGGAUCAUUAGGAAACAUUUUAACAUACAAAGCAAAAGUGACAAGCAAGAGUACACCCAAAAGAAAGGAAAUAACAUGUGACAGAGACAUUGCAAAAAUCAGAAAAUGCUCAGAGAGGCAAUAAAUUUACUCAAUGAGAUAUUUCUGUCUAUUCAAAUAAAAACAGGAGUCCAUUAAAAUGAAUACAUACUCACACAGAUACACAAAAGAGCUCUUGAUAGCAGAAAUGCAAAAUUCAAUAGCAGAACUACACAGUUCUCACCAGCUGUCCUGUUAUCUCAAUGUCUUCCUCCCUACAUCUUCUUCCCAAGCCUACUCACUCUGUGCUUAUAUUUCUUCUUCCCAUGGCCAACAAAUGAACUUAUGCCGACAGAGUAAACUUGAGUUGUGGUAUUUUGAGGUGUAUUAUUUUCCCCCCUGUGUUUUCUUAUAAAUAACUUCAAAGAUGUUUUAGCAGGUUGACUGGUCAGGCCAGAAUUAUUGAUGGUUGCCAAGUCUGGGAGACAGAGAGCAGAGGAAUGCAUUCUAGUUAUGAAAAAUCACAGGAUGAAAUAAGUUGCAGAACAAAGAUGACUGCAGAAUAAAGAUGCAGUAAAACACAUGCUCAUCCUCUAAUCUUGAUGAAAGAAGAGCAGAAUUCACGUUUAGUGGCUUUUCAAAGAAGGAAAACCCAGGAUCUGUCUGGGAGUUUGUUUCCCUAGAGCAAAAUUCCUGGGGUCUGAGGACUGAGUUAUCUUUUCAAAUAAGGUACUUGAAAGUUUUUGUUGACAUAAAAAAGGUUGACUCGAGAGGAUGUGAAAUGAUUUGGGAAAACAGUUGCUUUUUGAGGCUUAGUGACAAACUUCAAAAAUCAAACAAAUAAAGUUGCAUUUUACUUUGCAACGCCA